GCCAGUGUAACGAGUAUGUUUAUGACAUUCUGUAUAUAUUUCAUAAUUUCCAGUCUUAAAUCCGUCUGACCGUGUAGCUCAGUUGGUAGAGCGUCGAUCUAGUAAUUCGAAGGUCGCGGGUUCAAGACCCAGCCGCGGCAGACAACAUCUUUCUGCUUGCGCUGGGUAUGGAAAUUAUAUAAUACACACUCUAGAACAUUUUCAUCUUAAUAUAUAUAUAUAUAUAUAUAUAUAUAUAUAUAUAUAUAUAUAUAUAUAUAUAUAUAUAUAUAUAUAUAUAUAUAUAUAUAUAUAUAUAUAUAUAUAUAUAUAUAUAUAUAUAUAUAUAUAUAUAUAUAUAUAUAUAUAUAAUAAGUGAAACGACUCAACAAAUUCCACUAGGCAUCUUUAUUACUAUUAGUUUCGUACACAAGAUGUGGCACUCAUCAGAUAAAUUAGCCUUAAGGCUAAUUUAUCUGAUGAGUGCCACAUCUUGUGGUACGAAACUAAUAGUAAUAAAGAUGCCUAGUGGAAUUUGUUGAGUCGUUGCACUUAUUUAAUUAUGCUCUGGAUAUCCAUUGAGCACUCUGCCAAAUGUUUUUGUAAACAACGAAACCUAAUUCUAUAUAUAUAUAUAUAUAUAUAUAUAUAUAAUUAACGUUACAAAUAUCUUAAAAUAACAUUUUUUUUCGCUACUCUGAGUUUCACGAUCUUGUCUGAUCGAUCUUCAGGCGAUUUAUGUCCGUUUAAUUAGUUUGUUUGAUUUCGUGAUUUUGAUCGUGAAACUCAGAGUAGCGAAAAAAAAUGUUAUUUUAAGAUAUUUGUAACGUUAAUUACAUAGCUCUACUGUACUGUUUAUCAGUAGUAUUGAGCACUCUUUUUAGUCUUUCAACGAAAAACAACCCGUUUAUAUAUAUAUAUAUAUAUAUAUAUAUAUAUAUAUAUAUAUAUAUAUAUAUAUAUAUAUAUAUAUAUAUAUAUAUAUAUAUAUAAAUAUCUAUAUAUAUAUAUAUAUAUAUAUAUAGGAUGUCUAUUAGCGAUAAUGGAUGUCUAUUAGCGAUAAUGCAAAGCUCACUUCCCUUGUGGUCGUUCGAGCACUCUGGCUCCAUUACGCUCUGCGCAUGUCUGGAUGCGUUGAGUCACCGUGUUGUACCAUAUAUGCCUUGGUGAGAGCAAGUUCAUGGGGUAUUAAUACGAGUGUCUCACGUAUCUAGACGUGUACCAAGCUGCACUGACGAGGCGUUGAACGCCGAAACAUGCAUGUCUGCAGAUUGUACUAUAUAUAUAUAUAUAUAUAUAUGUAUAUAUAUAUAUAUAUAUAUAUAUAUAUAUAUAUAUAUAUAUAUAUAUAUAUAUAUAUAUAUAUAUAUAUAUAGAAUUAGGUUUCGUUGUUUACAAAAACAUUUGGCAGAGUGCGUAUGUAUAUAUGUAUGUGUGUAUGUAUAUGUAUGUGUAUGUAUAUAUGUGUGAAUAUAUAUACACAAAUAUCUGUUAUUACUUAUUAGAGAAGGGAGGUGCCUCGCAUGGGACUUCUAUAUAGCCUCGUUCGCACCUUCCCUUUUGGGCCAGUUGAUAUUGUACUAAUUAUUUUAAAGUAAUUUAUGGCACCAAUAAAGUUGUUAAAUAAAUAAAUAGAUGGUCAGAAUGCGCAAAUUUUCUCCCACUUGUGCGGGCUCAUUUUGUCAGUGGAGUUUCACGGUAUACUCGAAAAAUACCGUGUCAUAUUUCGUCGCUUCCCAUGUAAAUAGCAAAUUCAUGAAUAACACUUGAAUAAACACAAAUAUGUGCACGCUAGUCUUUUGAAUAUAACGAUUGUAAAAAGUUUCCGUGUGAUCUAUUAGCAAUUUAAAAGAUACCUAAACUGUAAUACUGUCAUAUAUUUAAUCUCCCGUUUGUUAUUUGCGCAACACUGCAACAGCAGUUUGCCGUGGAAUUAAAAUUGCGUGUCAUAUGAUAUUUUUAAUAGGCAAAUAGCGUUUGAGAUAUAGCAACAUUAGCAAACAAAUACACUGAAAUCUUGGUUAGCACACCAACUUUUACUAUUUUUAAUGCAAUAUUACUAAACUGUAAUACUGCCAUAUAUAUGUAAUCUCGCGUUUGUUAUUUGCGCAACAGCUGUUUUGCCGUGGAAUUAAAAUUGCGUGUCAUAUGAUAUUUGGCAAAUAGCGUUUGAGAUAUAGCAACAUUUAUAUAAUAAUUCAAUUCAAUUCAAUUCAAAAACAUUUAUUUAAACACGAUAUAAAAAUAGGCAGCAAAUUGCUGAUGUGGUCGUGUGUUUACCAGUAUAGUAAAAUCUAUUUACAUAUGCUAUGUUAGUAUAUAUAGUUUAUAUAUAAAUUAAAUAUCGUAAGAAUAAUAAUAGUAAGAAUAUAUAGUAAGAAUAUGACUAGAAAAGUUUAAAAAUAGAUAUAGUUCAGAUCAUUAUUGUUUGUGUAGGAGGUAAAAUCCAUUGCCUCAAGAUCUUGUUGCCGUAUCAACAUUUUAAAAUUAUUAUGUCGUUUCUCGUUCUUAAGAUUGGUCGGUAGUUUGUUCCACAAUACUGCUCCCCUAAAUGUUACUGACUUAUGCAGGAAGUUGGUUUCUGGUCUUGGAAUAACCAACUUUUCUGAUCCUCUUAAAUUGUUAUCUUUCUUUGUAAUUAUAUUCUGACAGAGUUGGUCUGGUGCCUGACCGUAACAACAUUUGUGGACAGUGCUUAAUACUCUUUGCUUAUACGUACUGCUCAGUGUUUUCCAGCCAGUUUUAUGUAUCACGUCUUGGCUUGGUAUGUCCCAAUUCAACCUGUAGAUUAUACGUGCGGCUCUUGUAUGCAACCUUUCCAAAGCUUUGAAAUGUGUUUUACCACAGUUUCCCCAAACAAGAAUGCAGUAUGUUAUGGAUGGAAAGAUUAAUUUCCAGUAAAAAUCUUCCAGCAUAUGUUUUGGAAGGAAACCCAUUGAUUUUAACAAAUUUAAUUUCCUGACGAAUGCAAGUUUGACAUUUUCUGUGUGUCCAUUCCAUUUCAGCUUAUUGUCCAAAGUCACUCCUAGAGAUUUUGACUUAUUUACCCACUUCACUAAACUACCAUUUAACUGUACUGGUGGUAGAGGACCUACGAAAGUUCCGCGUUUAAUGAGCAUGGCUUCUGUUUUGGCUGGAUGGACCGUCAUUCCGUUUUUGUAACACCAUUCACUCACAAGGCCUAAUGUCUCAUUUAGUUUGAGGAUCACUUGGUCAACUGUUUCGCCUAUACUAGUCAAGGUCGUAUCAUCAGCGAACAUUUCUAAUUCUUCAUCAUCGUGCCGUGCACAGUCCGGAAGAUCAUCGCAAAAGAGUGCGAAUAAUAGGGGCCCCAGGACUGAUCCUUGUGGCACCCCAUAGUCAACACCCUCUCUUUCAGAAUCGCACAGUCCUAUUUUAGUGAAUUGGCGUCGGUUACAGAGGUAGUUUCGGAUCCACAACAACAAAUUUCCAGAGUUGCCUGCCCGCUGUAACUUUAGCAGUAGUUGGUGAUAAGGGACAGAGUCAAAAGACUUCUUAAUUAAAGUCGAUGAAGACAACUCCCACCACUCUAUUGCUGUCGACUGCUUUCCUCCAUAUCUCUGUCCUAUGUAACAACAGUGCUUCCGUUGAACUAUUUUUCCUGUAUGCCCACUGAUUUGGAUUUAGUAAACCAGGAUUGAUAUCAAUAUGGUUAACUAAGGUUUUGUGUACUUCCUUCUCCAUUAAUUUGCUUGGAGUGCACAGCAUGGAUAAUGGUCUAUAAUUAUCUCUGUUUGUCUCAUCAUCUUUUUUUAUUAGCAAACAAAUACACUGAAAUCUUGGUUAGCAUGCCAACUUUUACCGCUUUUAAUGCAAUAUUAGUCAACUUAUAAGAGAACGUGAGACAAAUCAUGCUGAAUUAUUCGACUAUAUAACUCUUAAGACAGACAGACGCAAUAAUCCUUUAUAGGUUUAUUACAAAUAUGUAGACAUUUGAGACGCCGUCAAUGUCUGAAGAAAAGGUAUACUUAAAGCCUAAAGCCUUUAAAUAAACGAGUUCGAUGCACAAUUUCUGGUCUCAUUUACCAUAAUUAUCCCAUGCUGGUUGUAUUCGUUGCAUUAUAAACCUCCUCCACACAAUACCCCUUCUUUAAAAUACCAAACAUUUCGAACGCAAUUGAGAUAUGAAAUCUCAACAAGAAAACAAUUCAAGAUGGCAAAUGAGUCAAAAGUGCAAAUCAAAACCCAUAUUUACACGGCAAGUACGCGCAAUUUCUGAUCGGUUUCGACACCAUAGGUUGAAGCCAUGAAGAUAAACUUUAUUUUAAGUUUAGAGAUUUCUGGUUUAAUAACAACAUCACUGCGUCGCAAAUAGCAAAUGUAUCCUUGCGGAGGGUACCUUGAGGCACAUUUCGUGAUUUUACACAAAAACGCACACAAUAUAGGAAAAUGUGCUAAAUUUAAAAUCAGUUUUAUGGUACUGUGCAUUCAAAAAUAACAAGGACAAAGACUUGGGGUAUACACAGAGGCCGUAUAAACCCAACUUUGGCCAAAAAGUGGGGUAACUUUGGGCAUCUACAAAGCGCAAAAUACUACCCAAGGGACACUACCCCUAUUAUAACUUUCGAAAAGAGGGGUGACGCAAUGUAAUAAUGGGAAACUAUGUCCGAGAAGACGUGCAUAAUAUAUUCAAAAUAAUGCGCGAACUUGCAUGAAAUUUAUUUAUCCCGCUAUAGCUAAAUCUUGCUGCUUGAAAUACGACACCACUAAAUCCCAAGUGGGAGGAAAUUGAGCAAAUCUGACCAUCGUGAAAUUAACGUUAGCCUCCUCCACAGGCAUCUCGUAGUUCACGUACUUCAGAAAGUCGGUGAGAUGCCUGCCAAAACCCGACAUGGUUGAGCCGUUCUGCGCAUCUUGCUUGCGCAGCGAUUUCGUCUCUAGGGUAUGCACGUGGGUAGGAUUUGUCAUCCAAGAUGGCGGAUUGCGUCAUUACCAGAAAUAUGGGACAUUUUGCGCCCGCGUUUGUAGGCAGCGGCUAAUCGCUUGAAAAAUCAAAAUGGGGACUCGAACUGCCAAAGGCAAAGGACGUGUGCCAUUCCUUACGAAGUAGUUCUUCGAUACGUUGGUUACCGGGUUUUAAAGCAAACCAUUUGUCUGGCACAGUUAAAUUAAAUAAGUCAACAUAAUUUACAUUUUCACAGGAAGUUGUUUCGCGAAUAUUUUUCCAUACAUUAAGCAGUGGCCAUGGAAUCUCCACACAAAAGAGAAUCUUGUUAAAUAAGUCCACUUGUUGCCUAACAUAAGUAAGAGGAGCUUCAGAACUUACUUUCAAUUUCCAAUCUAACUUUCUUUUGCUGUAUUCUUCGAGCACUUCCGACAUUUUGACUUAACCGCGAAAGAGAUUUUAAAUAACCCGCGAAAUGUCCGCACGCAAAUUGCUAUAUCAACACGAAAUCGAGCUACAAAAUCUCGCAAAUCUCUCUGUUUUUCUUAAGUGAGGGACUGGGUACAAGCUUUGCUAGUAGACAAGAAACAUGGCUGCUCGAAGGAGCCUAAAUUUGUAUUUAGACUUGUCGUUUUCGACUAUAAAUAUAACCUAAUGGCGAUAAGCAAGACUCAUAAAAAGGCAAAGUUUUAAACGAUUUUGGAACCGGUUUGGCGCAGAAUAACCUGGGAUAUGUUAAGCUAUACUUACAGUUUGAACAUCGCUAAAUACAUCGCGAAGUCCGCAGUUUACAUCGCGCGAAAGAAUGUUGGUCUAUUCGGCGGAGUUUUACCUCAUGUAUGGCAAGAUUACUAUAGAUUACACUAUCAAAUACUUCGAAUUUCUAGUGAAAAUACACCGAUCACGGGAACCACUUAGACGUGUAGAAAUGCUAACGAUUUUGGUUUACAAAUACUGCUUGUUCGUGCUGUUGUUAUUAUCGAAGUCCGCAACCAUGAGAUAUCUAAACAAAGUAGGUUAAAAUUUGACAUUUUUGUAAAUCCCUGUAUAGUUUAUAGUAAUAUUUAGUCGCCAUAUUGGGGCAAUGUGCGCAUGUCCGUCUCCAUCUUGUCCCAUAUUUCUGCUAAUGUGGAGGGAAGAAUCAUGAAAAUUAGUGAAUUUAUAUUAAUACGGUCGCUAAAGGCGGCUAAACGAUUAAGAAUACAGCUUUUGUGGACUAUUGAAAGAAUCUUAACCCGGAAAAUAAAAUUGUCAUCAAAUAAUUUACAUGUUGUCAGUUGACAUAUAUUUUUGUAUAUCUGUAGAUGGAAAACAUCGAGGUUGACAUAUAUUUUUGUAUAAACUGUAGAUGGAAACAGAAAUAUUGUUGUAAUCUUUUAAGCACUAUAAAGGUAGACUUUGUGUUAAUAUCACAAUGAAAUGCAUUUAAUUUCAUAUAAUAUUUUUUGGAUCAAUAAUUAGUUGUUUUGUGUUUUAAAUAAUUGUUAAUGUCUGGCUGGCAUAAUUAUUUAAAAUAGUACAAUUAUCAUGUACAGUUAGUUCAUGAUUGUUAGAAGCAGGACAAAAUUGCCCUACAUAGGAUGUGUAGAAAUGUAACAAGAUAAAAUAUAUUUCAGCAUGAUAAUUGUGGACCCAGUGUUAAUAGAAACCAAAGCAAGAGCCAGAUUGAUUUGAGUGAAAAAGCCUUGGUCUGGUGUUUGGUUGUCAGAUUGGCCGAGUAUGCCAAUCAGUGAAGCAACAUCCAAGGUGACGCCACUGUCUGAAAUCUAAAAUUAGCUGGGUUCACUUACUAUAUUAAUUCACUUACUAUACUAUACUAUACCAUACUAUACUAUGUCUUGUUUCAUGUGUGCACUAGUGUCCAGUACCUGCAUGGUGUAAAUUGCAUUGUACAAUCCAGCAGUUAAACAAUAACGUGGUAGAUGAUUGUGAUAACAUAAUUUUUUAAUCCAAAUGAACAUGUUGAAUUUCAGGGUUUCUAUGCAAGAAACUAUGUGCUAUUUUGCAUGUCUGAGAUGGAGACUAAGGUGCUGCAUCCUAGAAAGUGUGAACCAGCAAGGUUUACAUUGUACAGUUAGCAGCAUCAAGGCUACAACACGUGGACAAGCAACCAUUGUCAAUGACAACAUUGAUCAAGCAUGUCAUAACCUGCCAGAUAAAAUAGUGACAUAAUUGAACAUGGCCAGCAUUCUGUUCUGCUGACACCUUCUUUAGUAUAACAUGUUUUUAAUGGAUGAAAAAUUAAAGAAAUUGGAAAAAAAUAAUGUGGUUCAUGCUCACAAUUUCCCUGUGACUUAUUUUUAAAUCCCAUCGCCUUUUAUCAGAAAUUGCAUUGCAAGUUGCAGAUUUACUAGAGGGGGGGGGGGGUGCACCCUCCAAGCCCUGACAGGACAGGAGGGGGUGCUUUUUUCAUGAUAAAGCAAAAAAUAAUAGAGACAAAAUGAGAUACAGUAAUUUGAGCAAUAAUAUGAUGAUAAGCAAAGUGUGAAGUUGUGAACAACAAUUACAAUUCAAUUACAGUAUGUUGAUUGGUGAGCGGCACACAUGACCGAGACAACUCUGCACCAGAGCCGGGGAGAGCAGCCCCCCACCCGAUCAUGCUGGAUCGAUCCCUGUAUUAUUUACAUGGAAGUGAAUCUCUUUUGGUGGCGUAAAGACAUAUUUUUUGUCAAUUUUCAAGUGAAAUCCAAAUUUACAUGGCUGUCUAAAAUUUUAGUCAGCUGGAUGGCAGAUGCAGUAAUGCAGUAGAAUAAUCUUGAGCAUAACAUCUAACAUAAUACAGCAACAAUAUAAAUUGUAUAACUUUGUUUGAUUAACUAUGUUUGAUAAAGCAGUUUACAUAGUUUACAUGCCGUACAUGUACUCAACAAAUUCGUGAGAUAUUUCUCGCUAACGAGUAACAUAUGUACAGCGUAAAAACACAUGGGAUUGUAAAUUCGAAGUUUGUUCUUUGCUGAAAGAUCUCAAAAUUGUCAGUGUAGACAAACCAGUUUCAAUAUCAUGUCCACUAAAUUAUAUAACAGUAAUCGACAAUUCCAAGAGGCAAGAGCAUCCAUUAUCCAGUUGAAAUUUUGACAUUUACCACUCCAUCUGCCUUCUAGAGUAUGCCGUUUCGCAAGAGUAUUAAUAUUUGAUGUUUGCGUGAUGUUACUCUGAGUGUAUAUCCACACCGGGCAGGCUUGAAAAAUAUGCCUGGCCACGGCGGGAUUCGAACCUACGACCUUUGGAAUACUAGCCCAAUGCUCUUUCAACUGAGCUACGCGGUCAGGACGGUUCGAGUAAGCGAUAUUUCGGAACUGAGUCUAGUUCCUUCGAUAUCAGUGUAAUCUAAUAUUUAUGAAAUCUGCUGUGUUGAAAUGCUGUAUGAAAUCUGCUGUAUAAAAUCUGCAUUAAUAUUUGAUGUUAUAUGCAUGUAGGAUACAGACCAAAUAUAAUAAAAAAUUGAACGGUUGCAAAAAUUCUUAUAAGGCCAAUGAAAAUUGAUAUCAUGUUUCUCGUCCCCGCCCGUAUGGGAUUGAUCAGCCGCACGAAAAUUUUUCCGAUUAUUCAUUAUUUUUGAAAAAUAGGCUUAAAAACACCAAAUUCAUCUCCAGAUCAAAGUCUUAUUGCUGCAUUCCGCAAGCGCAACUCAAAUUGUAUCUUUCUAAAGAUAUUACUCGCCAAAUUGCCUCUAUUUUUCAUGUCAGCCCUGGUAUGUGUAGAAAUAUACUGUAGUCUGUAGACUGUAGUGUAGGACGUAUUAAAUUAAAAUGAAUUAUACACCAAUUUUUAAUGCUUCAGAUUUUUAUGGGGUUUUCUACUGGGUCAAGGAAAUUAUCGACAAGCAGAAUUCAAAUACAAAAAAAACUAAUGAAAAAUGAAAAAUGAAAAAAUCCCGCUCCAAAUUUUUGAAAAUUGUGGACGAGAAACAUGAUAUCAAUUUUCAUUGGCCUAAAUUCCAUUCACACUUCGUCGAUCGAUACGAUUUACAUAGUUUCGGCGUGGUUUGACCAUCUGGAUUUCGUUAAAUUGCGGCCCAUUCGUUGUAAGUGCAAAAUAAUCAAUGUUUCAUUCAUAUUUGUAACAAUUUGCAACAUAAAAAUGAUAUUCUCGAUCGAUAUUUUUUCGAAUUGUGUCUGAAUAUAAAAAGAUCGUAUCAUCCUAUGGGAGUAGGGGAAACACAGCUUUUGACAUUUUGCAAUAGUUUUGAUAUGAACAAAUUAAUCCCGUGGGGGUGGGGAUAACAUAGUCGGUCCACAAGGGUUACAUAGCUGGUCCAAAGUCUUCGGGUUUUGGCAGGUAUCGCCGCUAUUAAUUUUUUUGCCUGCAAGAAAUUUUGCCCGAUAAUCGAAAGGCGAUGCCUGCGGAGGAGGCUACAUCGUGGUUAAAUUGGAAGGCUUUAUGCUGUCGUCAUGCUGCCAUGGAAACACUGACGUUGUCGAAAUCUAGUUCGGAAUAUUCCUUAGGUGACCAAUAUUGCCACCAAGUCGAAAAGAAUUGGCGUUCUGCACGAAUAAGGCUGUUUUACGGAAUUAUUGCGUAAACAAGAAUAGAUGUAGGGAGCCACCUUAAAACAGAUCAGUAUUAAGAACUCGUAUAAAUCAGUGAAGCAGAAGCGGUAGAGGAGAGAGCCUGAAAAAGAGGUUGCAAAUGAUAUCGAACUUUCGAAAUAUAUUCGGCAAUAUAUAAUUAAAAACAAACAAGAUUUCGAUAUAGCUUGGUCAAUCUCAAAACAUGGGACUUCAUAUACGGGAGGAUCAAAAACAUUUGACAUAAUGUGUGUAAUUUGUGUUUGGAAGAAAUUUUGCGGAGUGGAAAUAAUAAACAAUUUUACUCAACAAAAAAUCGGAAAUAGUUUCGAACACGAACAGAAAUUACUAGUAAACAAGGUAAACAAAAAAACAAAUGCAUGUCGUCCCACACGCCCACAUUAGACGUAUUUCAGCGGUAAGCUGUAAAACAUGGAAUCUGGAAUCUGGAAUCUUGGAAUCCUGGAAUCUUGGAAUCCUGGAAUUUUGGAAUCUUGGAAUCUUGGAAUCCUGGAAUCUUAUCAUAUAACCGCAGAAUAUGUUAUUAUCAAGAUAUUAUUAUUAUACUUAUGCAACAUAUUGUUCUGCAUGCGAUAAUUUAAUACUUAGCUACAGAAGCAAACCUUGGUAAUAUAUUAUCAGUAUAUACUAUAUACGUUGCAGAAUUUAAUAUCUCCAUCUUGAUGUCAAUACAUAAUAAUAUAAACGCUGUGUGCGCAUCUAAAUAAUGCAGUCGGUUUAUGAGUGCGUAGCAAGAUCAGUGACCAGGCGGGAGGCAACUAAAUUACAUUAUAUAUAUAUCAUUGCACAGGGACCGCGGAGCAGGGGGGGUGGCUGAGGGGCUUUAGCCCCCCCCCCCCAAUAAUUUUUCAUACAUAUCUGAUUUUAAUAUAGCGCAGAUAGCACUUUUCUUUGCGUAGUCCAGAAAAAUAUUAAAUGUCUGAUUUGCGUGUUUCAGAAUUCCAAUUCCAUUUCCAAUCAGCGAAACAUAUAGCUUUUACAAACAACAGGUCUCAACCUUCAUGACGCUGUGCAAUAUAAUGUCAAGAGUUGUUAGUCGCAUUUGACCACUUUAUUUAAAAUUCGGAGCCUAACAUUAUCCAAGGUGUCACACUCGGUUUCAAAUAACGGUUGAAACUCCAUAUCACUUCAGACACAGUGAAUACGUGUGUUUCGCUUCGGUUCCAAACAAAAUGUUGGCGUUAAAACUGCUAAGCGUCGUUCUAACUUACUGUUUGCUUGUGAUUGAUUAUUCUUUGCCUUUGGAACCUAAAUUAUCUCCCAACAAAAUUCUCACGAAAAGAAUGCAGGUUAUAUAAUAACACAGUGAAACACGCAAUUUGAUUGGUCAAAUUUGAUUGGUCAAUUUGCAGGAUCAGGCUAUCCAGCACUAGGAAUUAAAAUGCCUUCGCGGAAUUUUCAAAAUGUCAUAGUUUCGCUGCAGUUAUUUUAUAAAACAAUUACCAAAUGGUUUUCCAAGCAGGAUAGCGUGAUCCAUGCACUUGGGAUGUUGCUCGACAUUCGGAAAAUGUAAAAAUACACUCGCCUGCGGCUCGAGUAUUUUUACGCUUUCCGAAGGCUCGCAACAUCCCUCGUGCAUGAAUCACCCACUCCUGCACGGAAAACCAUUCGGUAUUCCUUUAUUAUUGAACACUUUCCAGAAAAAAACAUUUCUAAGAAAGGUAGAGACGAUAAGUAUGGAAAAUGCAAUUUAAAUUACACUUAAAUAAGGCAUUAAAGUUCGAAGAAAAAAAUCUAUUCAAGGAAAAUUUACUAAGCGAAUAAAUUUUACCCUUAUAUAAUGGCUUGCUUAAGAGUCGUUCAAGAAACUUUUUAAGACAAACUAGCAGGUUUUAUUGCAUUUCUGGAGCUCAGAGAGGCCUCAGAUUUCAAAAUUUCCCGGGGGAGCAUGCCCCCCGAACCCCCCCAGAAGACUCGCGCCUUCGGCGUUCGCUAGCCACCCUAAACAAAAAAUACCCGCGGUCCCUGUUGCAAUCAGGAAAAACUCAAUUAAUUAGAUGCACUAUAACACCUCGUAUUCCGUCAAAAAAUACCACACUUGCGAACAAUUGCCGAGUUCAUAUAUGUUAUAAGACAAUAAGCCACUUUGACUCCUCCUCUACACUAGUAAUCAAGUUCUAUAUUAAUUUUUUUCUGUGUUGGUGUUGCGUACUCAGGUGAAUAAUAUGUUGCGAUGUUACUCUGAGUGCAUAUUCCAAAGGUCGUAGGUUCGAAUCCCACCGUGGCCGGGCAUAUUUUUCAAGCUCGCCCGGUGUGGAUAUGCACUCAGAGUAACAUCGCAAACAUAAGUUCUAUAUUAUUGAUGAUCGAUUUCAUGUAUGCAUGGGUGCAUUGUAUGUUUGAAUUUCGCCGAAAAAGCGCUAGAUUAACGCACUGCCGCUACAACAUUGCCAGUUGAAAAACCACGUGCUAUAUAACUCACUCACAUAGCGGCAAGACUAUGAGCCUCAUUAACCACGUACUAUAUAACCUUAAUUCGUUGAAUAUAGACUAUAUGAACACGGCAAUUGUUCGCAAGUGUGCUAUUUUUUUUACGGAAUACGAGGUGUUUUAGUGCAUCUAAUUGAUAAUUGAGGUUUUCCUGAUUGCAAUGGUCAUAUCUUGCUACGCACCCGAUUUUAACUCUAUUCAUAAACCGACGACAUUAUUUAGAUGCGCGCACAGCAGAAGCAGACCUUGGUAAUAUAUUAUCGGUAUAUACUAUACGUUGCAGAAUUUGAUAUCUCCAUCUUGAUGCCAAUUCAUAAUAAUAUAAACGCUGUGCGCGCAUCUAAAUAAUGCCGUCGGUUUAUGAGUGAUUCUAGGAUUCCAAGAUUCCAGGAUUCCAGAUUCCAUGUUUUACAGCUUACCGUAUUUCAGCAGCAUAUAUUUCGAAAUUUGUCAGACACGGCACGUCUUAUCCUGUCAUCAUGAAUCACAUGAUAUAGCAACCCGCCGAGAGGAGCUAGAGACAUUCAUAUCAUAUAUCCACAAUAAUACAACUACCCAUAAUAUGAACUGCCCUUGAACGACCAUGGCUUGGAUUGAAUUCGCUCCUUUGCGUAUACCACUUCAUCGACGUAUUGAGACUACAGCGGUAGUUCUCUUUUAUUAUUCAUUUUAUCUCGGAGCUCUUUUGGGUACAUGUAUCAUCAUAGGCUUAUUUUUCACUUCGUAUUAUCCACUCGCAUUAUUUUAUCUGGCCUGGGCUUACAUCUUUGAUUCGGGAACUCCAAGUCACGGUGGACGUCGUGCGGAAUUUGUUCGUCGUUUGCGACUUUGGAAGUAUUUUCGGGAUUAUUUCCCGAUCAAGCUGGUCAAGACAGCUGAACUAAAUCCAGAGAAGAAUUAUAUUUUUGGUUAUCAUCCCCAUGGAAUUCUCUGCGCUGGCGCAUUUUGCAAUUUUGCGACGGAAGCAACAGAUUUCUCGACUGUCUUUCCUGGCAUUGUUCCCCAUCUGUUGCCACUUAUGGGUAAGCUAGCUUUGUGAAAGCUUUAGUAUCAAUAAGAUUAUAACAAGCAAACGUCUGUGGUAAAGUGAAUGCAGAAUCACUCACUUCCUUGCCUGUGUUUUUAUAAGAAAUAUAUAUCAACUUUCUAUUUCAUAUAUGAUAUGGAUGGAUAAAUAGCGGAUUCACAUAAAUUUACGAGUUAUAUAACCUGUUAGAUUUUUCAUGAAAAGGAAAAACAAUAUUGCAUCAAGUUCAAAUUACUAAAAUUUCCCCUAAACUCUCUGUUUUGUUAUUGAAAAUUCAAAAUUGUACUUGUGAAAUUUGAUCUAAGUUUCCUGACCUGCAAUUUGACCCUGCAGAUCAUCGGAUUUCCGAGUGCUAAGCCGGCGAAUUAGAGCAAAUCACUUCUGGAAAGUGUACGAGACUUGGACUUUCGAAAGUCAGGACAUUUUAUAGUUGGACAUUUUGGGAAUUUUGUCGGAUUCAUUUUUCUGGUGAAGCUAUGCAGUAAAACCAGGAGAAAAACAAUUAUAACAUUUAUAUUUUAACAUUAUAUUAUUAUAUUUUAUUAUUAUAUUAUUAUAUUUUAAUCUUGGAAAUACCAGAUUUAUUUCUCGUGUUGAACAUGAUAUCUCACUCGUUCGCUGCGCUCACUCGUGAGAUAUCAUGUUCAACACUCGAAAUAAAUCUGGUAUUUCCGCGCACCCAUGUAUUAUUCUCUAUUUUAUCUCUUAUUAACCAUAUAUAGCUCUGUUCAGACCGCCAUUAUUUCGAGAUUACAUUAUGUUAUCCGGAAUGUGUGACGUCGCACGUGAAAGUUGUGAAUACAUACUGACAAAAAAAGGUGCAGGGAACUCAGUUGUGAUUGCCGUCGGUGGAGCAGCUGAAGCUUUGGACGCACAUCCUGGAAAUUUUAUGUUAACAUUGAAAAAGCGGAAAGGAUUUAUAAAACUUGCACUUCAAACUGGGUAAGAUUAAUAAUUAUUGAACUAUAGACUAGGUAGACGUCAAUACACCUCCGCCAGCCUUGGAGAUAUGGAACCUUGUGAAAGAGACGUUGGAUACUUGUAACGAGCUCGACUGCUCGAGUGACGUAAAUAUAUAAAGAUCUCUUACUUUAAUUUUAAAUUAACUAACAAGACGCCUGCGCAGGCGUACACUCUGGCUAUACGGCCCAGGCGGCAUAAUAGGAACUAAGGCAAGUCAUGUGGAGGAGGUGCUUAAAAGGUCUAGUCUGUGGUUAAAUUGAUUCAGAGGGAAAUUUUAUUACGAGAAAACCUGAAGCGUAGCUAUUUUUGAGAUGGUGUUAUAGAAAGACGGUGUGCUGUAAAAUAUAGAAACACAUAGGUAACGUACGGUUUUUGUGCUUUAUUAAUCACAUUGUCAUUUUGUCUAUAUAUUGAAUAAAAGCGUACUGUAGCAAGGUGAUCCAUGCGCGCAGUUUAAUAGAUUACUCAAAAGUUACAAGUUAUUACGUCAUGACCCUUUAGACAGCUGAGUGAAAGCAGACCAUGGUACACUUGUGAACCAUAACAUUAAUAUCUGUGUACUGUAUUAAUAUUAACUUGACAGCAGCAGGAGUCGCCCCAGUCAAUCAUUUGAUAUAUGAGACGAAAUGAUUUUCGAGGUCAUAACAUUAAGUGUGAUCUUGUGGACAACAUGUAUUUACAAACAUACUAUUUCAUUAUGGAAGAAAACGUACUACGUGUAUUUAGUACGAUCAUUCGAACUUCCCCACUUUAAAAUAUGUACGAAAACGGUUUGGUAUACUAUUAUUUGAAUGAGUAAUUUUGGUAUCCUGCAUGCCACGAAAUGCAUGCCUGAAAUGUUCCCGUAGGCACUGGAAACCGCAAUACCGCAUGCAUGGUUUCUCUUUCUGGUUGUUCCUUUAGUUGUGGAUUAUAUUCUCUGUUGGAUUUAAGUCAGGCGAAUGUGCCGGUAUUCGGUGUUGUGACUUUGUGGGCACAUUAUACAUAUUAACCAGACUUUACAAUUCCAUGACCCGCUAACUGCGCAACGGAAUUAUUAGCAAGGUUGCUGUAUAAUACUAUAUAAUAGUUCGUAUGGGGGUUUGACCCCCCAAAGUACGAAUCAUCUGGAUUGGCAGGGCGAAUCAUCUAGAUUGGCAGGGCAAUCAAAGAUAAUUAAGUAACCAUAUCAGCAAGUUAAAAUCUUUAAAUUUCCCAUAUGGAAUUGUAUGCUGGGUCACGGAUUUUUUAAAGUGUCGCAAGCAGAGAGUCAAACUAGUACGUGAUUGUAGAUCGGAAUGGAAGGAUAUUCCUGCUGGAGUAUCAAAAGGAACCAAACUAGGACCGUGGCUCUUUGUGCUGAUGAUAGAUGAUAUAGUAGUGACGGACACCGAACUGUGGAAGUAUGUGGACGACACAACUAUAGCUGAACCUGUUUGAACCUAGUUUGAACCUAGCUAUGAAAUCUCACCAGAAUAAGCUUCAGUUAAACGAAACGAAAUGCAAAGAGAUGAGGAUAUCGUUCGCCAAGAAAGCUCCGGAUUUUGCCCCCUUUCUAAUCAAUAACAAAGCUAUUGAUGUAGUUGCUAAUGUCAAAUUUUUUGGAUUGAAUAUAACUAAUGAUCUAAAAUGGAACUGUCACGUCUCUGAAAUCAUACAUGUACGUAAAGUAUUUACCAGACUUUAUUUCUUAAAGCAACUGAGGAGAGCAAACGUACCAACAAAAGAGCUUUUAACUUUCUAUGUCACAUGCAUACGUCCUAUUACAGAAUAUGCAUGUCCAGUGUUCCAUAAUGGACUGCCGAAGUUUUUAUCAAAUGACUUAGAACGGUUGCAAAAGAGAGCAAUGAGUAUAAUUUUCCCUCAAGUUAUAUACGCUGACGCCUUGGCAGCAGGCAAGCUACCGGCUACACUUUACGACCGUCAGUAGGAAUAUCUUGACAGUCAAACUCUUUAAUACAAUAACUAGUAACGAAAACCAUAAGUUACAUAGUUUACUACCCGAGCAUAAUACAUGUGAAGUCAACCUCUGAAAUAAGCGGAGAUUCAAUAUGCCAAUAUGUAAGACUAAUAGACUCAAAAAUACUUUUAUCUAUAGUAAUAGCAUAUAAACUAUUUUAACAAUUCAAUAAUUAAAGACAGUAGUUUUAACUAGAAAAUUUUUAAUUGUAAAGUACUACGCAAUUCAGCUUUUUGGCUGCAAAGGUAUUACUAAUAAAGCCAUCUAUCUAUCUAUCUAUCUUACAGGGCUUCCAGAGGGAAUUGAACUAGAAUUUAUAUAUAGACCUAAAUUUUACAGAUAUUGGUAAAAAAAAUAAGGGUUUCACGCAUGUUUUAACAGGAAUUUGUACGGAAAAAAUUUUUAUUUAACUGGUUUAUGUCCGGAAAUUUUUUUCCACCCUUUUUUUGAAUGCCCGGAAAAUUUUUUUUCAACCUCCCCCCCCCUCCCCCUUUUGCAGGGCAAUUCUAGCAGACACCCUCCGAAUUAAAAGGGCUAGUUUCGCCCCUGGCGAGGCUGCGAUAUUCACCAAUGAUCCAAGAAGACUACCACGUAUAUUGCAAAAAAUCGCCAAGUUCUGGACGCCAUGGCGCAUGGCGGGCAUGAAAUCGCCAACUUUCGAAGGAUUUUAAAACGUCUGUAGCUUGUCAGCUAGGAUUUCAUCUAAACCCUACGAGUACUCUUAAGUAUGCUCUGGCACUAAUGCAGAGGAAAAUAGUCGCACUAUUGGAUUGAAAAACCAAAAUAUUUCUGUUUUCAUAUUUUUUAAACUCCCAUUUUGACGUGAUCCUGUGAACCAUUAGAGGAGAAAAGCGGUUAACUCCAUGAACGUAGGUCGCAUUUGCGACGUUGAAAACGACAGCCGCUUACCUACGGCUACGGUAGCCAGAGUAAUAAUUAUUUUAACUGUAUAAUUCAGUCAAAGCUAGACCAGAUUUUAGAUUUACGUUGCGAGAAGUCGUUUGUGAUAUAGUGAUCCAUCCCGUAGUUAAAAUACCUCCGACACUGAAUUUUCCUUUGAAAUGUUCCUCAAAAUUGUAAGAAUGUUUGAAACAGUCUACAAUAUGAAAUAACGUUUUAGGGAGCGGUCAUAAAGUAUUUACUAAGGGAGGUGGAGGAUAUUCAGGGUAAGAGGGUAUGUGAAAAAAUCAGUACUUCCAGAGGAGUACGAAAAAAUGAAAAAUUGACUAAUUACUAGGCUGUACUUAGGGGAGUCACGAAAAAACCUGACUUUAAUAAUGUACCAGUUACUUAAAAUGUUUACGUCUAUGACAAAUUUGAAAAGUUUAUGUUUUACUAUAAAAAUUUAAAAAAAUUAAAUCAAUACAAUGUAUAAACAUCUCAGUUCGAUUGAUUCAAUGUCGGACGAAAACCAGGGUUCAUGAUCAAGAUCUGUGAAACGUUUGGAAUACAAAUCUGAUACAUCUGAAAUGGCCAUACUUGCACUCUCACUCGCAUCACUAUACAACGUACCUGAUGGUGAAGGCCCUUGAACAGAACCAAAUUUUGUCUGUUGUUGGAUGACGGAGGGUUCAUGAUCAGGUUCUGUGAAACGUUUGGAAUACAAAUCUGAUCCAUCUGGAAUGGCCAUACCGUAUUUACUCGUUUAAGCGCCGCGGCGCUCUUUAAAUUUUUAGAGCUUCAGAUGCGGCGCUCAUUCGGGGGCGGCGCUCAAUCGGGGGCGGCGCUCUUUAAAAAAUAUUUUAUUUGUGAAUUAUGACAAGAACUUUUAACUAUAAAAUAGACAAGUUUUAAAAGGUUUUUGUCACUAAAUGUCCCAAUUUUGACGCGGAAAAUUUUCACACUAUUUAGUGCGGCGCUCAUUCGGGGGCGGCGCUCUUUUAAAAAAAAAUAUCUCAAAUGCGGCGCUCAUUCGGGGGCGGCGCUCAAUCGGGGGCGGCGCUCAAUCGAGUAAAUACGGUACUUGCACUCUCACUCACAUCACUACAACCUGAUGGGGAAGGUUCUUGAACAGAAGCAAACUUUGUCUGUUGUUGGAAAUGCUCCAAGAACAAAUUUCUCUGUAGUCUCACGCCCGUCGUUUGUGCUCCAUUCUUUUUUUUUACUUUCCUUCUCAAGAGUAGAUUUUAACUUGGCAAACAUAUUUUUUGCAAACUCCAAGGCAUCUGUGUGAAAAAAAUACAUUGUUUAUAAAAUGCUCUAACGUCUUGUGUGAAACCUUGGCUUCAGGAUGUAUUCGGUACAAGUGUCUAUUGAUGUGGUCUUUAUGCCAUCUUUCUAAUUUCUGUGUGUGUUUAUCUGCCAUUCCUCAGCUCUACUUUAAGCAUCAGUCGCUUUUCUUAUCUUUAACUGAACGUACAUCGUUUUUCUUCCCGCUUAAUUUUUUCUCUUUGAUUUUACAUCUCUGUCUUACUGAGUAUCUAGUUUCCGUUUCAGAACAAUCAAGGGCGUAAGAACCGGGGGGCCAAGAACCGGGGGGGGGGUUUGGCCCCUCCCAAGUUUUCGAAAAACAAAAAAGUACCCUUCCUCCAGUGGUAAAGUGCCCUUUGCUUUCGUGAAAAAUGUUGUUCAGAUUGCAAUUAUUUUUCCUUCAGAAAACAUAAAAAAUGCCCACUCUCCAUGGGAGAAGAAAGGACGUCGUUUGAGGAAACGCCUGCCCAAAUGGCUAUGACAAAUUAGUUUUCGCCCAUUAAGGAUGAUUGACGUUUUGUAAUUAGCACCGUCACCCAUUAUCCAAUCAUAGUCGAGAUUUAUAUUUCGCAUCAUGCAUGCCGUUUGCUCGGCAACUAGGGAGAUUUGCAGAGAUUUUAUGUACUAUUUAAAACAUGAGCAGCAGUGUUUUAUCAGAAAUAAAGAUGGUCUGAUAAAACACGCACUGCGAAUGUUUUAAUUCGAGUUCAUUGGCGAAGUAACUUUCAAAAAAUUCGUUGUGUAUGUUAAGAAAAUCAUACCCAUGGACGCCGGAACUGGGGGUGCAGGAGGGGCAGCCGCCCCCUUGCCCUUUACCAGGAGGGGCCAAGGUGCCCUUUCAAUUUAAAGGAUUGCCUUGGCGAAAUAGCGAAUUGUCAGAAAUGUUAGUGCAAUUCUUUUACGAAUUUGCUUCAGAAAACGCAAGAAAUGCAGUCAUCGAGCUUCAAGAAUAGCACAAUCGCCUGGCGGAGAACCCCCUCACACCCCUAUCAUCCAAUAAAUAGAAAACAUGAUUAGGCGAAGUUCAACUGCCCGAUGUUUUGCAAACAUCUCUUAGUAUAUAUAUCAAUUCAAAAGUGCCCUUUCACGAAAAUCUGCCCCCCCCCCCUUGCCUUCACAUCGUUCCGGCGUCCCUGAUCAUACCCUGUUGGCAGUGGUUUCUGAGCUGAGGGGAAACCACUGCGAGCAAACGAACGACCUUCUAUCGAGCAUGCGCGAAGAUCACGUGAUGGGAAGUCACUAAUUUGACUUCAUUUCCUGUAGUUAAGUAGUUUGUUAUCUGUAAACAAACGUGCCAUAGUACUGUUUUAUUUGUUGUCUGUCAGUUUUAAUUUAAUCGAAGGACCAUUUAAUUCUACACGCAGUUCACGAUUAUGUAUCGGUUUUAAUCUCGUUAUUUCCAAUACUAAAAUAUUUUGAAAUCGGUGCCUCACUGUGCAUUUGAAUUUCUGUUAUACUGUAUCUUUCUAAAAGUUUGUAUUUAUCCGACAAUAUCAAUUUUUUAAUUCGUUCUUCGAACUUUAUUUGUGUUACUUAAACGUUGGAGAUUGUGUUAAGGUUUUCGUUAAAUUCCAAUUCUCAAAGUUUUCAAAUAACAUAAUAACGUUUCCAAUUACUGUUGAUUUUGACAAUUAUUGCAAUUUUUGAUCGUCGCGACCUUAACCUACAAAUUUCAACCGAUCAAAGAUCGUCACAACCUCGUUCCCAGGGUAUUUAGGAAAUACCCUGGUAUGGGCUGGUCACGUGCCUCGUCCAAAAUUUAGCGCCCGCGGGGGUGUGGGGAAAGUAUCAAAUUACAUGAUUCCAGUGGAGAUAUUUUGUUUAACAGUUAAAAACAUAAAUUUUGCGAAUUAUUAAGUUCAAAAUACUUGCUAAUUUUUGUUUAUUUUCUUUGCUUUGAAUUUACAAGAACAUUCUUACAUUUUUACCAACAGUCAAGUCAAGAAACCAAGUAAAUCGUUACUCACAGUGCUCUCUCGUGUUGUUAUUCAAUGCCGUCUCUUCACACUCGAGCGCGGUUUUAUAACAAACGUUUAUUAUGAGCUUUUCAGUCAUCAUUUCUACAUAUGUAAUGUUUUUAAAAUACGAGUAGUAAACCCCCCCCCCCCAUAUGGAGACCAAAGGGAUGCCGCCAAUGACGUCACGCUGCUCCGAAAGUAAUUAGUAUGCAAAAUAUGUGACGUAACUUUGCUGGCCCUAACCCUAACCUUGGGUCAGGUAGCGCAACCAAUUAACGCGGACAAGCCUGGGCCAAAUAUCACUUUUCUGGGCCGGCCUGAACCAAAUGUGACAGGUAGCGCGACCAAUUAGCGCGGGAAAACCUGGGCCAAAUGUGACAGGCAACGCGACCAAAUGUCCGGAACAGUCAUUAAGCAGAGCUCGGAAUUUUCAGUACAAAAGACAACGCUUGCUAUAGCCAUAUUGCCAUUUCGUUGUGAAAGCCGUACGAUGGAGUGUCUGCACGGAAAAACCGCAUCUUACAAUUUAUUGGAAGGAAUAUAUGCGAAUGCAGUCGCACAUGAAGUUCAAAGACUUUGUGUGGAAUCCUGUAAUGGUUGUCAAGUCGGUCAUCCUAGUCAAAGACAACAUGACUGCCUCAUGAUGAACGAAAACGAACGAUGGCAAAUGUAUGGUUUACAAGCGAUCGAACGCGUGAAUGGUAAGCGUAUGGUUUGGAACGAAUUCGCUGAGGCAAUGAGGGUACUAAAACUGGCGGUUGACAGAGAUGUACUCGAACAUUUACAGCAACUGGAAAAAUACCCAGAUUCUACGUUUGUCGAUUCAUUGAUGGAACUACAUCAGAACACUGAGAACCACGAACUACAAUGUAUACUGAACUAUUUGUUUCAUUGGAGAUUAGAAGACCCGCUCGAGUCAACAGCUGAAGCGUUUUUUUUCGUACCCACCGAGUUACAUGUAUUAUGUGAAGGCGACGGGUGAACGAUUUAGAAGUUUUGAGGCAGAUCAUAAGAAAGCUUAUCAAGGAUUCUUGGAGAAAAAACUUGUAGAACAGUUUAACAAACAGUCUUAGUUGUAAUAUUUUUUGACGCUAUCGUCUGUUAUUUGUAUUAAUAAACAUAUCUUAAACUUUGGAAAUUUGCGUUGUUUAUGCGUUGCUAAGUCAUUAGGAGGUGUGUAGGUAAUUAAGGGGAUUAAGGCAAUACGAAUUUGCAUAACUAAAUGUAUCCCGAUGGAUAGAUAGGGAUUAUUUUUAACGCAGGUGUAUACCUUAAAAUCAGGCGCGUGGCUUUGCGGGUGCAUGCAUAUAUUAACGUACAACAUAUUUUACACUAAUCAGGCGGGCGGAUCGCGCGGGCGGAAUGAGCGGGCUUUGCCGGCAAAAAUUACACAAUAUUUCAGUUUUUAAAUUUAUUUCUUCAAAACGUUUUACAAAAUUAUGCUUCUAAUAUAUAUCGUCACUUGUUUCAGGGGUUUCGCUAUCAGAUUCUUCAUCAUAGCUGCUUUCAUCAUCGUGGCUGUUUUCAUCUUCCGUAAUCCAUUUGGUAUGUCUUGGGACUGUUAUAUGAGAGCACAGUUUUAACCUCUUUGUAGUUGAUAAAUUACUGCGUUGGCCCUGCCUUCUCUUGCUUCCGCGCCCUGCUUGUUGUAGUAGGGCUUUUGCUCCUUGUUCGGCAAAGUCUUUAACAACGUCACCUCCGUGAGUCUUUGCAGAUUCUCUUACAUUUUUUCCUUGGAGUACAUCUUGACCCACUUCUGUGGCUCUUUUGCCAACAACUUUAGCACCUUGUUUGAAUAGAGGAAUAGGACAUCUUGACCCACUUCUGUGGCUGCUUGUAAUGCUCUUUUGCCAACAACUUUAGCACCUUGUUUGAAUAGAGGAAUAGCAUAUCUCGCAAGGCUCUUGAAAAUACCUCCGAUCCCGUAUCCUCUUUGAAAACGUGCACCAUUAAACCCAGCGAUGUUUCCGCCACGCUGCUGUCUCAAGAAAUGGUCUCUCAGUAGUUUUUCGUCUACAAUAAGUGUACCUCUCGGCAUGUUGAUGUGUUCAGUUCAACUUCACGCAGUCAACUAAUCAAAUAUCACUUUGGUCGCUUAUUUUAUGGUUAGAAGAUUGCCUUUUAUCCGUUCUGAUAUCUAUAAUUUCGCCUCGACGACAAUGUGGACAGCUGGCGAUUACAUGCGUAAAAUCUCCUUUGGACACUUGAAAAUCACAGAUCAUACAGCGACAGCUUUUACAAUUCGGAUAAAAAUCUGUCCAUGUGCAUACGGGGCACGUACUCAAAUGGGAGAUGUAUAUAUCUUUGUUACAACUGUUACAAGUUACGUCAGCAUCAGAUUGUGUAUCCUGAUGGGACCACUUGUGGGCUAACACAGAAAGGACAUGUCCAUUUACGAUCAGACUUUUAUCAAUUUCCAAUUCUGCAAGACCUUUUAUAAAAAUGCUCAAUCCAGUUGGUUCGGGAAUAUCUGGAUGAUAAGGCGUCACGCAAUAUUUCAGAAGGUCUACAAUGUCAGUGCCUCGUAUAUUAUGUCCUCUGUAAACGAUUUCUCCUUUUCCAUUCCAAGUUAAAAUCCCCGUAGAGGUUAAAAUAGAAUGAAGGAUUUCCUCGGCUUCGCGUUCAUCAUCAACGUCAAGGUAUUUGAGAAUGUCUUCAAGUCUCCACUGUUCAGGAGAUGAUCGUUUGUCGCUAUCCAUGAUUGGAAUGAGGAGAUGUCCUUCAUACUUUUUAUUUUAUAUUAAUUCUGCAAGACCUUCUAAAAGUGGUCCAAGUACCAAUCCCAGAAAGCCGCUUCCCCGCUGAACAAGAAUUUCCUUUUUCGUCUUAAAAUUUCUAUCUCUGUCUGCUAAAUCAGCUAGAUCUUGUUCGAAAGGUCUGAGUUUGUCCUUUGUUUCUUUAGAGUAUGUGAAAUUUUCUAUACAAUGACACAAGCAUCGAAUUUGCUCAGCUGAUGUAGAAUUAAGAAGAGCUUGCUGUUGAGUUGGAUGAGAAGUACAUAAGAGUUCUACAAAUGGUCUGUGUUUCAUAUAACUGCAAGUCAUCUCUGUUCGGCGGUCAGCAACGGAAUGAAGAUUUAGUUGGAAAUAACACAUAUAUAAGGAUCGGCUCGCCCUCUAUAGAUUAGGUCUAGACAAUAGUCUUCAUAGUCUUUACUAUAGUCUUUCAUAGUCUUUAUUAUAGUCUUUCAUAGUCUUUAUUAUAGUCUUUCAUAGUCGGGACUAUAGUCUUUCAUAGUCAGGACUAUAGUCUUUCAUAGUCUUUACUAUAGUCUUUCAUAGUCUUUACUAUAGUCUUUCAUAGUCAGGACUAUAGUCUUUCAUAGUCUUUACUAUAGUCUUCGUAGUCAUGACUAUAGUCUUUCAUAGUCAGGACUAUAGUCUUUCAUAGUCAGGACUAUAGUCUUUCAUAGUUAAGACUAUAGUCUUUCAUAGUCAGGACUAUAGUCUUUCAUAGUCAGGACUAUAGUCUUUCAUAGUCUUUAUUAUAGUCUUUCAUAGUCUUUAUUAUAGUCUUCGUAGUCAGGACUAUAGUCUUUCAUAGUCAGGACUAUAGUCUUUCAUAGUUAAGACUAUAGUCUUUCAUAGUCAGGACUAUAGUCUUUCAUAGUCAGGACUAUAGUCUUUCAUAGUCAGGACUAUAGUCUUUCAUAGUCUUUACUAUAGUCUUUCAUAGUCUUUACUAUAGUCUUUCAUAGUCAUGACUAUAGUCUUUCAUAGUCAGGACUAUAGUCUUUCAUAGUUAGGACUAUAGUCUUUCAUAGUCAGGACUAUAGUCUUUCAUAGUCAGGACUAUAGUCUUUCAUAGUCUUUACUAUAGUCUUUCAUAGUUAGGACUAUAGUCUUUCAUAGUCAGGACUAUAGUCUUUCAUAGUCAGGACUAUAGUCUUUCAUAGUCAGGACUAUAGUCUUUCAUAGUCAGGACUAUAGUCUUUCAUAGUCACGACUAUGGUCUUUCAUAGUCAGGACUAUAGUCUUUCACAGUCUUUACAAUAGUCUUCAUAGACGCGACAAUAACCAACGGGAUAAAUACACCUCUUCACUCUUGCUUUAAACAUAGUUAAUAGAGGAGAGGGUUUGGAAGCUGGGGGCGUGGCGAAAUUAUGUUAUUGUUCUCUGUCACGUGACAAUACGGGUGCAUCAAAAUAUAUUUGUAAUAGGAGAUUGUAUUACAGAGGAGGCUGUAGUGCUUGAAAAACGUCUUUUACAGAAAGGAUAUCCAAAUAUCAGUUGCAAAUUGCUCCAUACAUGGUUGCGGGACUAGUAGAAAACACUUUGGUCUCAGUAUUUUUUGAAAUCCAACAAAAGACGACGAUUUAUCGACGAAAAUUCGCGAAGCGUUGGCGAGGCUUGUCACAAAGGACGCUGGAUUGAGAGAUAGAUGCAAGUUUAAGAAAUCAAAUCGCUCAACAAACACUUCACGUUUGUGAAAGACACUUUGAAAUGACCCAGCCGAAACAUGUAAGUUAUUUUCUUUCUCUGGUAGAGGUAUUGAUAUUUUGGUAUGAACGCUUGAAAGUUACAACUUAGCAGAAGUACUGUAUAUAUUUCAUGUAUCAAAUUAUCAAAUUUGUAUUAACCAUAUGGUCAUAGAGCAGGAAAAAUAUAUUAAUUAUUAAUGAUUUGCAUAAAAGUGCGUUUCGGUCAUUAGGUCAUAUUUAUAUAACAGUUAACCCUUGUGUUCAUAAAAUGAAGGUAUACAUAUUAUUCAGGACACUGUCACUGAGGACAGUAGAAACAUUUUCGUAUACAGUAAACAAAGUAUUAACUAUUAUACAGUAUUCAAAGGCUAUUUUAAUAGCAAGAAACUGGCAUACUCUAUUAACUAUGAAUAAAGUAACAGGAUUUUUGUUUGGCCAUGUCAUAGUAUAUGAAAGCCCCAUUUACAGUUAUUAUAAAUCUUGUUUGCUGUGAAUUUUAUUAUAAUUACUAUCUUAACAAUACUUGUAUAAAUUAAGUCAACUUACUGUAUAUAUAAUCAGAUAUUUUAUGUUCUGCUUUAGUUCCCACCUGCAAAAGGCUUGUAGCUGGUGCUAUUCCUACCUUUAAUUUACCCCAGAAAAGCAUACCUCUCUACAUCGACAAUUGUAGCCAGGUAACAUUGCUGGUCGUCACACUGGUCAGAGGAGUAAAUGGUAUCGUGGAUUAGAAAAGGCCUUGCCAUAACAUAAAACAGAAGUAAUCUAGUGAGAACUUUUGUGGGGUUUUUGUACCCAGAGCUGUCAUUAAGGGCCUGUAGCUUGCCUACUUCUGUCUGAACAAAGUUCAUAUAAACAAAACUGUGAAGCAAUAAACAAACCUUUUACUUCCUCUAGUCAGAACAUCAAAAUUAAAACAAAAGAUUAAAUUAUUUCAAACAGGUCAGGCUUUGAUAGGAUG